AGAGAGAGAGAGAGAGAGAGAGAGAGAGAGAGAGAGGAGUGGAAAUGAGAGGGCAGUAAGCGAUCACAUGUUUAGGGAAGUUUUGCAGCUCAAAAGAAAUGGGGGCGCGAUAACACACUCUCACACAAGCUGAAAUGAGGAGAAGGGCAGGAAACAAUGAAGCUCCAAUAAAUAUAGAAAAUCCCUAUAUUUUAUUGGCAGCUUCCAUUAGACAGAUGUUGGAUACAUCUGUCUCGAGAGAAGGACAUUGCAUCUAUAGAGUUCCUGCCUAUCUACGAUGCAAAAGCAAAGAUGUCUACACGCCUUCAGUAAUAUCCAUAGGCACACUCCAUCAUGACAACGGAGACUUAAAACCGAUGGAAGAACUGAAAAGGAGCUACCUGAAAAAAUUCCUGCAUAGGGUCGACGUACGCUUGGAGGUCUACAUUAAGAAGAUAAAAGAUCAAGAAGAAAAGUUGCGCGCUUGCUAUGCAGACGUCAUUGAGUUCAGUAGCGAGGACUUCAUACAAAUCAUGAUGGUGGAUGCCGCCUUCGUGAUAGAGAUUUUGUUGAAGUUAUGUGGUCACCGUUUCAACCCAUUAGGAGUGGAUGACCACGAUAACAUCUCCAGCAAGUCUUGGAUAAUAAAUUAUAUUAUGCCAGACAUGCUCAAGUUGGAAAAUCAAGUGCCGUUUUGCAUCCUUGAGGAUCUUCUUGAACUACAGAGAAUUGCAGCCGAUGCCAACAGUAACAUUACUUAUGUCAUUCCUUCGAUGAUGAACCUCGCCUUUGAGUUCAUCAAUAUGACAUUUAGUUCGACGAGCAUGGUACAGAAUGUGGGGAUGCUAGGUUCUUCAAGUUUGAAAGUAGAACACUUUAUUGCGUUUUUAAGACUAUUUUAUCUCCCCAAGGAUUCACAUAUUAUUAAUAUAGGAGGGGAAGUGAAAGCUGUAAAUGCACCGAGCAUCUCCGAACUAGAGAUGGCUGGAGUAAAAAUUGUGUGGGGAUCAAGCACAAGCUUAUCUGCCAUACGAUUCGUGGACGGAAUUCUAGAAAUUCCAAGAUUACUGAUUCACAACGGCAGUGAGCUUUUGUUUAGAAAUAUUGUUGCCUUUGAGCAAUGUCAUGGCUGCCCUUCUUAUGUAAACAGUUAUCUUUCCAUCUUGGAUGAUUUUGUGAACGCACCGAUGGAUGUGGAGUUGCUUGUUAGGAAAGGAAUUUUUAUAAAUAUGCUAAGCGACCACAAUGAGGUGUCUACUCUGAUUAACGACCUUGGCAAAGGGGUUGUCAUCUCAGACUUCUAUUUUGGAAGUGUUCGUGAGGAGUUGGACCGCUACUUGAAAAGCCCGUGGAUCAAAUGGAAAUCCACUUUGAAGAGACAUUUUUUCAAUUCUCCUUGGGCAACAAAGCAGAUGAUCCCAUUCAUUAUCAUUUUGAUGUUGACUAUCAUCCAAAUGGUCUACUCAACCAUUAAAUAGAAUUGGAGCUAACCUUUCAUCCAUCCAAUGAAAAGGCAAGCCAAUAAAGCAGCUCAUGAUCAAUCUGAAAGGCGGCCUUCAUGUGUGAUUGUUUUUUUUUAUUUCUUUUCGUCGAACGAAGCCUUCAUGUGUGAUCUUUGUAUUUACUUUUUUGUAUUGUUAUCAUUUCAAUGACAAGAUCACAUUAAA